CAAAAAUAAGCACGAUGCGUUUCUAUGGGCUUAUUUUGGAUCUAAGAUUGUCGACUUCCUUCACGACUUUCGGACAACCAACUCCCAUUGUUAGGGCGGAGACAUGGGCAUCUCGUCAUUAUAUACAGAUAUCUGUUUUACCCUGCGUUUCCCGGCCAUGUCUAGAUGGGAUACAGAUUUUGUCAAAUUGACGUACAUAUUUUUGUAUUUUAGCUAACCCCAACUAUUUCCCUGACCUUAAUCUAAUGACCCUAACGAGCUACUUUAAUUCUCAUAACCUGCUGCGUAAAUUCCCCUAAACUCAAUUCUGAAAAUUCAAUUUUGACAAAAGCUCUAUCCCUUCUAGACAUACCCGCUUUUACCCGACCCUCACAGAUAAUCCUGAAAACCGUCCAUGUAGCUAGCUACAGACAGGUCACGAGUCUGAUCAUCAUCUGCUGAAAAUUGGAUCCAAUGGAUCAAUAUGUGAGAUAUGAAAACAUUGGUCAGUCAGAAGAACUUAUUGGUCAAUCAUUGCAUUGGAGUGAGGUUAAAGAGGAGGCUGAAGAAUGUCCAAUUUCAGCUGUGCCAUUAGGACUUGAAACGUCAAAGGUUUAUAAAAAAGAGGACACUGAUGGACAAGAUCCCUCCUUUGAAACAGUUUCAGACAUCCAUGGAGUCGCAGAGGAAGAGCGUGGACCUAAAGGCAAGGUGCUGCCUUCACCAGUCCUAGUCAAAGAGGAGUCUGAAGAAUGCUCCCUUCUGCCAGUAGAUAAAGAGGAAGUUACCUUAAUUACAAUGAAGGAAGAAGAGAAUGAAGAUGGGUUGAAGUCAGAAGACGAGAAUAUUGUGAAAGUGUCAGUGCCUUGGGAGCCGUUGGAAACAUCACCAUCAUACUCGGAUACAGAUGAUACAGAGGACAGUGAGAUGGAAGGUGAUAAUGUGCGGGACUGUGAAAACGAUGAGCAUGACGUUUCAGUAGGAUUGAAGAUUGAAGAUUGCAGCAGGACAUCAUUGGAUCCAGGGACUGAACCAGGUGACUCUAAAGGCGUGUCCUCCUUCUAUCCAUGCCCCCAAUGUGCGCUCGGCUUCACCAUAGAGCGCUUUUUCCAUGGGCACCUCAAGAGGGACCACCCCAAAGAGUACAUCGCAAUGUUGAAGUCUGGGAAAAUCAUAGCAAAAAAAGAAAACAGUGUACAGCUGACCCCAGCCACAUGUCCGCAAUGUGGCAAAAGCUUCUACAAUAAAUAUGUCAUGCAAACGCAUCAGAGGACUCACACAGGGGAGAAACCCUAUCACUGUGUAGACUGUGGGAAGAGCUAUGUCUGCGCUGAAUCACUUAAAACACACAGAAGGACUCACACUGGGGAGAGACCAUAUAAAUGCUUUGAGUGUGGGAAAGGAUUUGGAGAACGAUCCCAACGGAUUAGACAUGAAAUGAUCCACACAGGAAGACCAUAUAAAUGCUCUCAGUGUGACAAAUGCUUUUGCUUUUCCAGAGACUUUAAGAGACAUCAGUUGACACAUAAGAAGACCCACACUGGACAUAGACCCUAUAAUGUCCACAGGUGUAAGAAGUCCUCUGGCCAGCUAGAAGCUCUCAAAGCACACCAGAAAACACACAAAGGAGAAAAGCUUUUUCAGUGCUCUGUGUGACAAUUGUUUUGGCUUUUUCAGAGACCAUACCAUACAUCAGUUGACACAUACAGGGGAGAAAUCGUUCACACAGCACCUAAUGUCCUAUAAACACCAGCCUGAGAGGCUUGAAGGAAGUCACAAUAUCAUCUGCUACAGAAUCGCAAAGUGUCACAGAUACAUUAUCAGUGUGCCCCCGACUCAGUCUGGUGUCAAACUUUAACCGUAACAUUUGAUAUUGGUAGUUAAACAGGUCAAAAUUAUGAACAUCUUUACUUAGUUCCAAACGGAUAAUUGUAGACUAAUAAGGGAAACGUCUUCCCACACAUACAAUCAUGCUUAUUACAUACCAAUUAAUAUAAUCAGUAAAUGAAAUACUGGAAAAUAAUUGAUCAAUUCAUUUUCCCUUUACAGUCCCCCUUUGGUCAAACAGACAUAAACAUACGUGUCACUCCCUAUAACCACAGAUGCCUUCAUGCAUAUAGAUUACUACAAAUUUCAGUGUGUAGACCCCCACAAUCAACCUGCCAUUUAAACAACAACAACAUUGUUUGCAAUCCCAAAUCAAUUACAGGCAGGCUUCUUCCAAUUGUUUACAGUUCAGACUCACAACAGCACAAAUGAAAUGUAUGACUAUUAGAGAUGGCUUUGAUGAUGAUGUCUCAAUGUCCAGGAGAUUGUAUUUAACCAACCAGACAAGCUUUCACCACCAUCACCUGCUGCACAUUCUGCCUCGUCAGAUUCUCCCACACACCAGUAGCAUGAUAGAAGUUUCGAUAAGAUCUCCCCAUGCCUGCUCCACGUGCCUCGUCUCAGGACACAUGCAUCGAUAGCUCAGAUGCUGUACACAGGUUGCUUCGCUCAGGCUAGUAGUUGAGGGACAGAGCAGUUGUGGAUGCUAUUUUUCAGCUGGUUAGAGAGGCUGGGGUCUUGCACUGAUCUGGUCAAAUUAAUCGGAUGCAUAUAGGUACCCUCUGGAGGCUGUAUGGCCAUCACCUCGAGAAAAUGAUCAGAUUAAUUAGACCAUUACAAAUACAUAUUACCACAAGUACAUUCUUGACACAAUAAUCUUUAACAAGAAACACAUGAUUAGUCAUCAACAUGUGUCUCCGUUCUUGAUUAAACACAGGCAUAGUUAUACUCUGUCUCACAACCAAAUUAUCUACCAUUCCCACUGGAACUGUCAGAUCCCCCAUUGAUUUAAUUUUUUCCCUUGGUUUUGAACGAGGUUAAACCCCUUUUCAUUAGAUAUGUAGAUAUGGUUCUAUGUGGCUCAGUUGGUAGAGCAUGGCGCUCGCAAAGCCAGGGUAGUGGGUUAGUUUCACACUGGGGACCGCUACGAAAAAAUAUGAAAAUGUACAUCACUCUGGAUAAGCGCAUCUGCUAGAUGACUAAAAUGUGAAUGUAAAUGUAAUAUCAUAUUUGUAUAUCUCCUUCAGGAUAAACAAAUACAGCAUAUAUUACAUUUCAAGUA